CCCGACCCCACCACCGCCCCAGCAUCGGCCUGCAGCGGCAGCCGCUGCGCCCCGAUUUCUCCUCCUCCCUGCAUCGUCACCCGUGUGCUCCUGCCUGGUUUCUCUCAUUUCGUUUCGCAUCGUAUCUUUAUUCGUUUCAUGUAUGCAAAAUGUUCACCGGUAACGGCAUCAAGAUUUUCACCGGUACCAGUCACCCCGAGCUCGCAGAGAUCAUAACACGACGGCUCGGAAUUCCGCUCAGCAAGGCUGAGGUCACGAAGAGCAGCAUCGGCGAGACGGGCGUGCGCAUCGCAGAAUCGGUGCGCGAAGACGAUGUGUACAUCAUCAACACGGGCUGCGGGCAGGUCAACACCGCGCUCAUGGAGAUCUGCAUCAUGGUGCACGCCUGCAAAACCGCGAGCGCGAAGCGCAUCACGGCGGUCGUCCCCCUGUACCCGUACUCACGGCAGGACAAGAAGGACAAGAGCCGCGCACCGAUCACGGCGAAGCUCGUAGCCAACAUGCUUCAAAAAUCCGGCUGCGACCAUGUCAUCACGAUGGACCUGCACGCGUCGCAAAUCCAGGGCUUCUUCGACGUCCCUGUAGACAAGUACCUCUACGCGGAGCCGUCUGCAACCCAGUACAUCCGCACCAACUUCGACGUCUCCCAGAUAGUGAUCGUCUCCCCGGACGCUGGCGGUGCAAAGCGUGCGACGUCAAUAGCGGAUCGGCUCGGUGUCGACUUUGCGUUGUUCCACAAGGAACGGAAGAAGGCGAACGAAGUCUCGCGGAUGGUCCUCGUCGGGCGCGUCAAGGGCAAGACCGCCAUUCUCGUCGACGACAUGGCCGACACAUGCGGCACACUCUGCCUCGCCGCGCAACACCUGUCGGAAGCGGGGGCGCCGCGCAUCUUCGGCCUCGUUACGCACGGGAUCCUGAGUGGCAAAGCGCUGAAGAACAUCCAGGAGAGCGCGUUGGAGAAGCUGAUCGUCACCAACACGCUGCCGCAGCAAGAGAACAUGGCGAAAUGCGACAAGAUUGAGGUAAUUGACAUUGGAGGUGUGCUUGCCGAGGUGAUCAGGCGCAGCCACUACGGAGAGAGCGUGUCCAAGUUAUUUGACGAGGUGCCAUACUAGAGAGGAGCGGCGGACACAUGUGCAUGACGAUGAUGCGCAAACCUAAUGUACAAUGUUGCUGGUGACUUGCAGCCGGGGUGGUGCUGUUACCGUAUGUAUUGCAGUAGACUUUGGAUACCUCAUAGAUGAUAUAGGAGAGUGGACAGCGAAAGCACGAAGGUGC